AGCACCUCGCCAUAAAUGCCAUCCUUGUUGCAGCCAUCAAAUAUCAAGUUGUCCUCAAAGGUCUGAUGCUAGGCUGCAGCUGCCUCAGCCGCCAUCAUGUUCACCAAAAAGAAAAAGUCUCGGAUCCAGAUCUCCUCUCCAUCAAACUUUGAGCAUCGCGUACAUACAGACUAUGACGAGCAGGAGCAAAAGUUUGUUGGUUUGCCACGGCAAUGGCAUUCUCUCAUCGAAGACACUGCCAAAAGGCCAAAACCCUUCAUCGACGCCACGGUCAUCACUACUGUAGAGCCACGCAAGACAAUUGUGCGUGGCAGCAAGCUGGGAGUGGACGGCUCUCUGACAUGGCUGUUGGAUGAGUUUGACACCAUGUCUGUGACACGCUCCAACUCCUUGCGACGAGGCAGUCCCCCAAUCCAUCCUCGCAAGGACUCGGGCUCUUCAGGAGGAGGGGGGCAGGAGAACGGAGAUCCUCACCACAGACACCACCCACACCCGGAUAGACAAGACAGAGACCGACCCAGACCAGACCACCAUGCGGGUGGAGGUGACCCCCGCCAGGGUCCACGUGCACUCCGUCCUCCUCAGUGGGAGGAGGGAGGUCAGGAUCGGCCUCAGCAGCAGCCCCGGGGCCAAGAGCCCAGCCGGGCCCACAGGGAUAGACCGGGCUCUGGGCCCCCUCCCCCACCUCACAGAGACAGAGAGCAUCGGGACCGGGACCAGAUGGAUCAACCAAGUGACCAAAGGCCAAAGUCCAGCUACAUGGUGCGGGAUGGCAGCCCUCAGUCUCCCAGGGACAAAAGGCCUCUCUCUGGACCUAACAUCCGCACCCCUAGCCUGCCAGUAUCAGAGGGGGUGAUGAAACCUACACAACAGAACACACGGCCAUUCAACACCUACCCCAGGACGGACAGUGAGGGCGGACGCAGCCCCACGGGACAGCCUGUGCGACACCAUGAGUCUCCUCAGAACGGCCCCUCCAGCGGCUCCUCUCGAGGUUCCUCCAGCUCCAAGCCCCCUGUAAGCCACCCUCAUCACACAUCCCAUCCCAGCCUGACCCCUGAGGCUACUCAGCACCCACACACCCCUCACCCAAGCGUUCCAGUCCCCCGGCCCCCAGCACCCUCUGGGCCCCCGGCCCCAGGUGCUCCGCGCCAGGGCCGCUCGCCGCAGAGGGAGCCCCAGAGGGUUUCUCAUGAGCAGUUCAGAGCAGCGCUACAGAUGGUGGUGGAUCCUGGUGAUCCGAGGACCUACCUGGACCACUACAUCAAGAUAGGGGAGGGGUCCACCGGGAUCGUCUGUAUCGCCACGGUGAAGACCACCGGGAAGCUGGUGGCUGUGAAGAAGAUGGACCUGAGGAAACAACAACGCAGAGAACUCCUCUUUAACGAGGUGAGACUUUAUGAUCUAUUGAAGGCUCUGGUUCAAACAGUUACCACUGUUUACGUUAUGUUCUUUCUCUAUACCAAUGACACCUCACCGAAAUGUUUAUCUGAAACUGAGAAUUGUAAAUAUUUGUUUGUCUAUAUCAAAAGUUCUCUUUUGUGUGUGCUUCACCAUCUGUACACGAGAUAUCAUUGGAACAGAUUAAGACAUUUUGCUGGAGGGAAGGUUCCUUUGAGGAUGAACGAGGAGCAGAUUGCCACGGUGUGUCUGUCUGUCCUGAAGGCGCUGUCUGUCCUCCACACACAGGGUGUGAUCCACAGAGACAUCAAGAGUGACUCCAUCCUCCUCACUCAUGAUGGCCGCGUGAAGCUGUCAGACUUUGGCUUCUGUGCCCAGGUGUCUAAAGAGGUGCAGAGAAGGAAGUCUCUGGUUGGAACGCCAUACUGGAUGGCACCAGAACUCAUAUCCAGACUGCCAUAUGGACCAGAGGUGGAUAUCUGGUCUCUGGGUAUCAUGGUGAUAGAGAUGGUGGACGGGGAGCCGCCGUACUUCAAUGAGCCGCCGCUCAAAGCCAUGAAAAUGAUCCGAGACAACCUGCCUCCCAAACUGAAGAAUCUGCACAAGGUCUCCCCUCUGCUCAAGGGCUUCCUGGACAAGACGUUAGUGCGGGACCCAGCUCAGAGGUCCUCGGCCAGCGAGCUUCUCAAACACCCCUUCCUGACCAAGGCGGGGCCCCCCUCCUGCAUCGUCCCUCUGAUGAGGCAGAACAGGAUGAGAUGAGACCUGUGACACCAAGAGCUCCACACUCUGGAGGGUAGUGUGUGCAGGUUCAGAUGGAACACAAUAUUCCUGCACAAAGAGGGGGAGGGGUGGGGGGUGGGGGGCACAGAGGUCACGGCUGAGAGCUGCAGAGAGUAAACUGGGUGUGCACAAGUAUUCUUUUUUCCUUAUGGGAAUCACUGAACUGUAGAGGUGUACUCUUUCAAAAAGAGUGUGUGUGUGUGUGUGUGUGUGUGUGUGUGUGUGUGUGUGUGUGUGUGUGUGUGUGUGUGUGUGUGUGUGUGUGUGUGUGUGUGUGUGUGUACCUGGAAAUAUUGUGGCUGUUUUUUUGUUUUCCAUUUGGACCUUACCUGGAUUUUAAGUGUGGAGGGGGGUUUUGCACACCAAUCGGAUGCUUUGAAGGAGCCGUGAGCCCCAGGCUGAUUUUAGGCAUUGGCUGGGCAACAUUUUAAUCUCACCAUUCGACGGUCUGAAGAUGAAUUCUCUCACUGAAGGGCUUCUCCCGCUGACAGAUCCCAGACCCAGACACUAUCCUCAUCACACCCAGAACUUACUACUGAGGGAGGACUUCUGCUGACUCAGACAUGAGUCAAACAAACUUUAUUUUGUAGCCAUAUAAAUACUAGCUUUCUGUUGCAAACAAGCAAACAUACACUAAGUCAAAAGGUAAACACUGGAGUUGUGGUUUUUUUUAAAUUUGGUUUUACUCUUAUUUCCUCCUUAUUUUCCUGUGUAAGUACAAUGAACAUAGAGAGGUAUAUCAAUUUUGAUGUUUUGCUAUCUCUUUUGUGAUUUUUUUAUUAUUAUAAUUAUUAUUAUGAUUUGUUUCAUGGGUUAUUUUAGAGAAAGAUGUGAUGAUUUUUGAAGCACUGUUGACGAGAGAUAGAAGCUGCACUCCCGGUUGAUUCCAGCACGCAGACACUAGACUUUAUAUUGUAUUUCUUUAGACCAGACCAGAUGGGAUUUGUUGUCCAUCCACCUUGGUGAUGAAGAUGUCCCUUUAUCGCCAGGACAAUAAUACACCCCCUUAACACUGAAUGGAACUACAAUUCUGACAAAGCUUAUACAAAUCCCAGCCCUGUUUUAGCAUUUCUCCUUUUUUUUAAUUUUAGAAGAGUAGGCUUUUCCAUGACCUGUUUUUUAACUUUAAUAACUAUUUCACCUGAAAGAGGUUUCUUCUGGUAGAAAGUGAGAGUGCUCGAAUUUGUUGUCAGUCCACGUUUGUUUGGAUUUGUUUUAUUCUGUGGUUCACAUUCUCUUUCUGACAGUCAUUGCUCUCUUUCAACAAACGCAGAGCGGCUGCUGUUCCAGGCUGCUGCUGAUUAGAGCUCUCAUCGCGUUAUUCUAUUCAAUCAAUUCAUCAUUGAUCUCGUAGUUAAGGCCUCUGACGGAGCGCUCCUGAAUCACCUCACGAGUGCUUUAUUUUUAAGCGGUAAAGGAAACUCUUAUAGUACUUGGCACGAAGACAUUGUGUGAAGAUAUGCUUCUGUUUGCAUUUCAGUCUCUGUGCAUCAUGUGUUCUGUGACAGUGGACCUUUGGGCAGAUGACCGGGGUGCUUAAGGCACACAAUGCUUCUAUGAAAAUCCAAUAUGAACACUAGUUAGCAACAACUGUAAUACUAACGCACACAUGCACGCAUGCAUGAGCUAAAAGAAUAAUCCGACCUGGAUCAUAGUUCUGCAGCAGUGCAAAGAAACCAUCCUCCAUCAGUGCUCGGUUCAUUUCAUGACAAUAUGUAACAGGUUUAUGUUUAUUGUCAGACACAAACACUCAUUAGGACAUCCAGAUCAGUCACUGCAAAUGAAAUGUUUUUAAAUUCCAGCAGACACUAAAAAUAAAUGAAUUACACUUCAGGUCUGGUUUAUACCUUGGAGCAUUGGACAGUCACUUAUACAGACGAUGGCUGGAGAGAUAAGGCUCUGUUAUUAUUCCUCCCUCUGAAGGUGGUUUGGCACAGAGAUGCUUAUCCACACAUUCCACUCUGCUGCUGUUUCCAUUCCUUCUAUGUCUUCUGUUGCAACUAAACAGGAGAGGGGCUUCAAUUAUUAGGAUGGCAUAGCACAAUCGCUGUUGUCAUGAACUAUUCCACAUAUACUGCUAUACAUACAGCUAUAGGUAUGCACUAAUGAUACAGUGCACAUUUUCCUUUAUUCUUCUUGUGCUUAUGUGGAACCCAAUGACUGAGUGCUUGUGCAAAUAGCAGGAUGUGUUCCAAGCUAGAACUUGUUUUCUAACAAAGAUGAUCAUUCUUGCAAAGCACAGCAAUGAUGGUGAGAACGCCCUCCCGGGCAUGCAGUCUGUCGGGUGUUUCCUUGGAGUCGUCUCUGGGUUCCUUAAUGCUCUCCUGUUUUAGCAGCGGUGUGAGCACAACAAUGUAGCUUCCACUUCCUGAAACAGGUGUUCUCUGGUUUACAUGAGCAGCUCUGAGACACUGCAGGCUAAGUGUUGGUUUAUCAUCAACUUUUUCUGUUUCCAGUAACAUUCACUGAAGAUAGAUUCCUGGUAGGCGUCUUUGCACAUUUCAGCUGUUUUUCUGUCUGAUGCGUGACAAUGACUCACAGAGUAGGAAACAUGCUGCGAUGCUUCGUGUUUCUAAUGAGACGUGAGGGCUGUGUGGAUGAUGUUUGACCGAAUGACAUCACGUAUGGUCCAGGUCAUUCAGCUUUGUUUUGUUUGGUUGUGACACUUUCUCAUUUUAUAACAGGCAGAAUCUCAAAUUAGACCAUAAGAUCUGGACGUAUUGAUUCUUCACUCACAUUUCAUAGUUUAAAUCCGCUGAAUGCUGGUAAAUGAAUCUGUUGAGCUUCCUGCUGUUCUUUUUGAGAGGCCGGAAUAUGUAUAGCAUAUGAGAACCACUGAUAAGACAAAAAUAAAUCUAAUCAUUUUGAGAAUAAUGUCAUGCUGUAUAUUAUGAGGGUGAAAAAUGUGUAUUUUUUGAAAAGGAAAGUCAUAUUUUGCCAACUAUUUUUAGAUAUUAUCAAAGCUAAAAAAAAAAAUGAGGUUGCUUCAGGAACAAAAAUACAUUUGAAUAGGAUUCUGUGUUUAAUGGUUUGGCUCUGCCUCUUUUUCACCUCAACAUCCUCAAACGUAUUAUACUAAGGUACUCAUUUGCAGACCACUCAGACAUUUGUUUUUCAAAAUAUAUUGUCUUUUCCUCUUAGAAUUUAAAUUGAACCUCUAAAUAUUGAAACUUCUGUCAUAAAACAUUUUGCCUUUGUUUUCAGGUUAUUUGGUUUCCUACCUUGGCCCCAUCUGUUAUGUGUAUGUCCUUACAUUGUGUUACCAAUAGUUUUUUUUCCCACCUUGUCCUACCUGCAUGUAGGUCAAGGUGUAAACAAACUCUCUGUUAUAUUAUUUUAUAUUUUUCCUGUUUAUCCCACAUUCAGUCAUUUCUCCUUUUGAUGAUCAAUGUGAAAGUCCCUGAUGUGUUCUGGUAGAAUGAUGGAUCUUUGGGUAGACUGUAACUAUAUUUGUAUGGCCCAGAUUCUACUGCUGUGUUUGUGUUGGAGGGUAUGUUUGUGUACAUAUUCAUGAUUUCUUGCCUUAACAUUUACAAACACUACUUGACGGCUGACGGUGUUGACACUACGACUGUUAAAGACGGAGAACAGAGACUUCCAUGACGCUUCUUGUCAUCUCGCAUAUCUGAAUAAGUCCAAUCAUUUGUAUCAGAAGUUAUGAGAAGAUCUUCCUGCUUGAUACAUUAAAAAGGCUCUCAUUGACAUUCCUGCUGAGACCACUUCAGAUUUUCUUCUCACCUCCAUUUUCGGGAGCUUCCAAUAGUUUUCAUUUCUUUACAAGUAGCAAAUGAGCAGCCCAGUGCUGUGUUCAGGGUUCAGUGCCGUGCCUUGCCUUGCGGCAUAUUGACCGACAUUUUGGGGAUUUUGCAGUUACAUGAAUAGUCUUGCUUCUUGGGAAAACCCCCAGCAGCUGGUUUCCAUAGCGACCGUGUGUUGACUGAUCCCCAUUGACCACUACUGACCAACCAGCCUGCGCUAUGAAAUAUGUGACAAAUGGGUAAUUGUCAUUGACUUGCCUUUUGUUUAAAUGCUGGUAUUGUGCAGUAUUGACAUGUCUUGCCAUACAUCAAAUUCCAACUGUUCCUGCUCCAUCUUGUUUUUGUAAAUUUCACUGAUAUUGUAAAAAAAAAAACAUAGACUAAACUUUGCAAAUUAUGCUUCUUUUUUUUUAAAAUACAGAUUUUGUAAAAGUCUUCCAUGGUGUCGGUUUUCUGUUAUUUUUGUCUGUUCUGAAAUGUUGUUUUUAACAGACGCCCGCUGACAGGUGCAGCGAAAAUGAGCUGGGGCUCGCAAUUUCGAAGAUGGACACAAUUUCCAAAGAUAUCAAUAUUUUAUCAAAUCCUUAUUUGAUUUGCUGCAUGUAUGGAAGU